AUGAUCAUAAAUGACAUAUUUGAGUUAUGGGCCGGUAGCCAUUAUCCGACUUACCUUACCCAUUGGCACAGCCCAACUUGCCCAACUCAAUUUCCCAGUUGGAUAAAUCUUAAAAUAUCGGUUCAAAUGGCUGCUAAUGAACCAAAGACUGUUCCUCCUGAUACUGCACCUAAGUCAACCGCCAAUAUUUCAGAAGCUCCUACAGCUGCUUCUGAACCAAAGACUCAGAAGGAUGUUUCUCCUAAGACUGAAGCACCCAAGUCAGAAGCUCCCAAGGCUGGUACUGAACCAAAGACUGAAACAGAUGCUCCUCCGGCCAAUACACCCAAAGUUUCACAAAUAAAAACGGUGAAAGUGAGUAAUAUCUCAGUCGCUGUCACCAAAAAAGACAUCUGGGAGUUCUUCAACUUUUCCGGUGAUAUCCAUUACAUUGAAAUGAAAAGUGAAAGUGAAACCACACAACAGGCGUUUGUUACUUUCAAGGAAUCACAGGGAGCAGACACAGCAGUUCUGUUGACUGGAGCCACAAUCGCGGAUCUAUCGGUGUCAGUAAGCUUAAUGGAGAAUUACCAGCUGCCACCAGAUGCUCCACCUACAGAUACAGAUAAGAAAGGCGAGGUUGUACAAAAGGCUGAAGAGGUUGUAAGCACGAUGCUUGCCAAGGGUUAUGUUUUAGGAAAAGACGCACUAAAAAAAGCUCAGUCGUUUGACGAGAAACAUCAAUUCACAUCCAACGCCUCUGCUAAAGUUGCUGACCUUGACCGAAAAAUGGGUCUAAGUCAAAAAUUAAAAGAAGUAAACGAGCGUUACCAAGUGAGUGAAAAAACACAAUCAGCCAUUGCUGUAGCUGAACAAAAAGCCAACACUCUCAUGGCCAACCCUUACGUGUCAAGUGGGGCCGUUUGGUUUUCUGGUGCUUUUGCUGCGAUUACAAAGGCCGCUGAAGGUGUGGGGAACAAGACUAAAGAGAAGGUUGACAAAGAGGAAAAGGAGAGGUCAAACUCAAACUCAAACAUAAACACAGUUAACAAUAAUGAAAAGCAGACCUCAAACUCAAACUCAACCACAGUUAACAAUAGUGAUGAAUCUUUGGUCAAAGGGUCUCCUGUUAACUCAAAGACAGUUAACAGUGGUGAUAAAUCUUCAGUUGUCAAAGAUAAAUCGUCCAGUGAAAAGAACAAGCUUCCAGAACUUUGAAAUGUUAUUCUACUCAAUCUAUACAGAUUGCAUAUGACAUAUCAGUAUCAGUAUGUAAUAUGUUUACAACAUGAGGUAAUAUUAAUAUCUAUACUGUAAGUGUGAAAAAAAUGGAUAGUUUUUGACUUUUUAACUAUAUUAACGUAAUGUACUAAUGUGCUUUUGGGAAGCUUGUUCCACUUAUUUAAAACCAAU